GGCAGACUAGGGCGGAGGUUAGCGGGCGUGCGGGAGGGAGGGAGAGAAAGCGGGAGGUAGAGGCGCCUCUGAGACCCCCGCAGCCCCUGAGCCGGCCCAGCAGGAGCCCCACCUCCCCCCCAGGCGUGGGGGCGGCGGCGGAGGAGCAGGACAGUAGCAGUCGCAGCUGAGCCCAGCAGCACCAGCACCGGCAUCUGCGGCGGCGGCGGCGCCGGCCCAGGCCCCCGGCGGCCACGGUGCGCUCCCUGAAGGCCGGCCAAGCAGCCGCGCCCGGCUCCGCGCAGGCGGCAGCAGCAGCGGCGGCGGCGGCGUCUGCGCCGUCGGGGCCCGGGGGAUCUUCGUCCUCGGCCGCGGUCCCAGGCCUACCCCCGUCCCCCCAGGCGUCCCCGAGGCCGCCGCCCCCGGCCGGCCUGGCCAUGGCGGCCAUCCGUAAGAAGCUUGUGGUGGUGGGCGACGGCGCGUGCGGCAAGACGUGCCUGCUGAUCGUGUUUAGCAAGGACGAGUUCCCCGAGGUGUACGUGCCCACGGUGUUCGAGAACUACGUGGCCGACAUCGAGGUGGACGGCAAGCAGGUGGAGCUGGCGCUCUGGGACACGGCCGGCCAGGAGGACUACGACCGCCUGCGGCCGCUCUCCUACCCGGACACGGACGUGAUCCUCAUGUGCUUCUCGGUGGACAGCCCGGACUCGCUGGAGAAUAUCCCCGAGAAGUGGGUGCCCGAGGUGAAGCACUUCUGCCCCAACGUGCCCAUCAUCCUAGUGGCCAACAAGAAGGACCUCCGCAACGACGAGCACGUGCGCAACGAGCUGGCGCGCAUGAAGCAGGAGCCGGUGCGCACCGAGGACGGCCGCGCCAUGGCCGUGCGCAUCCAGGCCUACGACUACCUCGAGUGCUCGGCCAAGACCAAGGAGGGCGUGCGCGAGGUCUUCGAGACAGCCACCCGCGCCGCGCUCCAGAAGCGCUACGGCUCGCAGACCGGCUGCGUCAACUGCUGCAAAGUGCUCUGAGCCCCGACGGCGCGGCCGAGCCCACGACGGGCGCGCGGACGGACAAAGGCCGGGGCCCGACCCGGGGGCUCGCUGGCUACGGACUGGCGCGGCAACCGCCGGAGACUGGGCGGGCUUCGGGACCUAGCGCCACCCUGGAGAGACUGGGGGGGUGGGGGAAGGGGUGCGGUGCGCUCGUGAGUGUGAGUGCGUGUGCGUGUGCGCGUGUGCGUGUGUAUGUGUGCACGGGCACCCGGGCCCUGAUCAUGGAGGAAGAAAGCAUCCCUCCAACCCUGCCGCUCUCGUUGCCCUGAGCUCAGUGCGGGAGUGAGUGGGCACCGCCCCCGCCCGGCUGCUGAGCUCGGCAUUCCCUCCCUCCUUUCUUCCCAAGCUCGCCGCCCGCCCCCCUCGUUGUUGGGCCUGGCUCUUCCUUGGGGGUGUGUCUCAAUUGAGGGUGGGGGGGAUGGGGCGGGGGUGGGCGCUGUUACAUAGUGAUAAAUAUAAUUUUAUUUUUUGGCAGUAGGAUCUGUGAAAGGCCUGCUCUUAUUUAAGGGGGAGGGGAGGGAAAAGGAGGGGGAGCAGCAGCAGAGCAGUUUGGGACCUCCCCUGGCCCUGCUGCCCGUGCCGGGUGGCGAGAUUGAACUGAUUUACACCCCAGGAAGAUUGUGAGAGACUGCUGUGGCCGCCGGCGCGGCCUGGAGCUCCUGGAGGCCUGGGGCGGGGUGGGGGGUGCGCAGCUUAGCCAGGCCAUCUGGGCUGGGGCCGGCCCUUCUAGGGUGGUGGGGGGAAGAAGCUCCCCGAAGUGAACUUGGUGCCUGUGUCUCUCUGCCCCUCCCCCAGCCCCCUGUUCUCUCUCCGAGGGCUUCAUGUAAAUCGGAGAAAGAAGUCUGGGUUUUAUUAUUUUUUUCCCCCAAGAUUCAGCCGAGCCACCGUUGCACAAAGGCCUCCUUUUUCCCUACUGGAGCUGGGGCCCGGGCCAUCCUCCGCCUGCCGGCCCCGGGUGUUGUCACCUCGUCUACGGCUUUUUAAAAGGAUGCCACUUUUAAAAAUCCAGGAGGAGAAGAAACCACUGUAAUACUGUUUUUUUCCUUGAAAUAUGCCAGGCAGCACUGAUUUCUAGGGGGGAGGGGGGAGGGGUUGCCUUUGUGCCCAGCGGGCCUGUUUUGAUAAAGGGCAGUGAACAGUUUGGGGUCUAUUUAAACAAUUUCACCGGGCAGUCUGGGAGACCGGACUUGGGACUGCGCAGGCAGCUCUGUCUGGAGACUGACCUGUUCCUUUUUUUUUGUCGUUUGUUGCAUCCUCUCCUCCCUUCCCCCCAGCGGUACUUUGACCAGUGUCUGGGUUUUUAUUUUUAUUUUUUAAAUAAACUGACCGUUGACAAAGUGAUCAUCACUUCCAUAAAGGUGUUUACAUGAUAUGCUCUGAAGCUUGUGCACAAAGGUUUUUUUGUCAAACAUUAAAAGAUUUGAGCGAUUUCA